AUGUUGUUAAGUAUAAAAAGCAUCUUAUGGAUGUACUCUACAUUAGUUAUAACAUACACGCUACCUAAAGUGAAAGCAGAAAAAAAAACCCUGGUAAAGGGAUCCCUUUCUGGAACUUCAGUCCUGCCAUGCUUCUUUUCAACCACACCCACUAUAGCCUCCAGCUAUGCAGCUGAAUAUCUUCGAAUCAAAUGGUCAAAAGUUGAACUGGAUAAAAGUGGAAAAGAUGCAAAGGAAACCACAGUCCUGGUGGCCCAAAACGGCAACAUCAAAAUAGGUCAAAGCUACAAAGACAGAGUGUCUGUUCCGACCCAUUCAGAGGAGACCGGUGACGCUUCGCUGACUUUCUCUAAGCUGCGUGCAAGUGAUGCAGGGGUGUAUCGCUGUGAUGUUAUGUACGGAGUUGAAGACACACAAGGCAUUGUAUCAUUGGCUGUUGAGGGUGUUGUAUUUCACUAUCGUGCAGCAACCAGCAGGUAUACUCUGAAUUUUACACAAGCUCAGCAGACUUGUCUAGACAACGGUGCUGUCAUAGCAAGCCCAGAACAACUGAAAGCAGCCUAUGAAGAUGGAUUUGAACAGUGUGAUGCUGGCUGGGUGUCUGACCAGACUGUUAGGUAUCCAAUCAGACAUCCAAGAAUUGGCUGCUUUGGAGAUAAAAUGGGAAAGAAAGGAGUCAGAACAUAUGGCCGCCGUUUUCCUAAUGAAACUUACGAUGUGUAUUGCUAUGUGGAACACAUGGAAGAUGAAGUGGUUCAUGUCUCAGCCCCUGAGAAGUUCACCUUUGAGGAAGCUAGAGAGCUGUGUCGGAAAAGAGAUGGCGUUCUUGCUUCUGUUGGGAACCUGUAUGUCGCCUGGAGGAAUGGCUUUGACCAGUGUGACUAUGGCUGGCUGGCAGAUGGCAGCGUUCGUUACCCAGCCUCAGUGGCAAGACCCCAGUGUGGUGGAGGUUUACUUGGGGUGAGAACCCUGUAUCGCUAUGAGAACCAAACAGGCUUUCCUUACCCAGAUAGCAAGUUUGAUGCCUACUGCUAUGAACGCCAAGAUCCAUGCAAAAGCAAUCCUUGCCUUAAUGGUGGUACCUGCUAUCCGCGUGGUUCAUUUUACAUCUGUACAUGUUUGCCAGGUUUCAACGGCGAGCAGUGUGAAUUAGAUGUUGAUGAAUGCCAGUCUAACCCAUGCCGGAAUGGAGCCACAUGUAUAGAUGGCCUCAAUACCUUUACUUGCUUGUGUCUGCCAAGCUAUAUAGGUGCUCUCUGUGAACAAGACACAGAGACCUGUGAUUAUGGCUGGCACAAGUUCCAAGGACAGUGCUACAAAUACUUUGCCCAUCGGCGUACAUGGGACACAGCUGAAAGGGAAUGCCGUCUCCAGGGAGCACAUUUGACAAGCAUCUUGUCUCAUGAGGAGCAGAUCUUUGUGAACCGUAUUGGGCAUGACUACCAGUGGAUUGGACUCAAUGACAAGAUGUUUGAGCGUGAUUUCCGCUGGACUGAUGGUAGCCCACUGCAAUAUGAGAACUGGCGACCAAACCAGCCAGACAGCUUCUUUUCUGCUGGAGAAGACUGUGUUGUUAUCAUAUGGCAUGAGAAUGGGCAGUGGAAUGAUGUGCCCUGCAAUUAUCACCUUACCUAUACCUGCAAGAAAGGAACAGUUGCUUGCGGUCAGCCUCCUGUUGUGGAAAAUGCAAAGACCUUUGGGAAGAUGAAACCUCGUUACGAAAUCAACUCCCUUAUUAGAUAUCACUGCAAAGAUGGUUUCAUCCAGCGUCAUAUUCCAACCAUCCGGUGCCAAGGGAAUGGAAGAUGGGAUAUGCCUAAAAUUACUUGCAUGAAUCCGUCCACAUACCAAAGGACUUACUCUAAGAAAUACUACUAUAAACAUUCUUCAUCAGGAAAGGGAACAUCAUUAAAUUCAUCAAAACACUAUCAUCGCUGGAUCAGGACGUGGCAGGACUCAAGGCGCUGAGAGCUAAAUGCUUCACUAUUCAUGGGAAAGGACUGCAUGGAGGAGUUGAGUAUGACAAGGAGGUCCUGUAAAAAUCCAAGUGCUAAUACAUUAACUCAAUCAACCAGGGCCACUUUUUUGAAAAGAAGAAAAAAAGAGAAAAAAAAUUACUUUCACGACAUUAACCACAAGGUCUAUAUUACAGGUCUCUGCAUUCUAAAAUGGAGAUAGACCUGGUGUUUGGGGGAUUUUUUUUUUGUAAAAAACAAACAAAAAUCAAAAAAGUAAAUAAUUUUGUAUAUAUAACCAUUUUUUAAUCUUUUUAUAAAGUAAUGAAUGUUUGUGUAUGAAUGCUGCAGCUGUGAAGCGUACAUAAAUAAAUGAAGUAAGCCAUACUGAUUUAAUUUAUUGGAUGUUAUUUUACCCAUGCAAAGAAGAUUAAAAGAGCUCGCCAGUGCAGUAUUAGCCCCUGAGCUCCACUUUUGGAACCAUCUUUCAGUUCAACUGCGAUUUCCCUGGAGAACAAAAUUCCUGCUAAACAGGAUCAUUUGUUUGCGGUUAGAUGGGUGAGAACUGUGUGACUUACAGAAGAAUCAGAAUCUUGGCUUUCUAGAAAGAAAUGUGUGCACAAAGAGAUUAUAGGUUGUAGUUGGUGCAGUGUGUACGUAGGAGUUUUCUAUUAUGAUUUCUUACCCUGGUCAGCUCGAUGACUGACCUGGAUGUGUACAGUAAGUGUAGAAGGCAACGUUUGAAACGACCUCUCCACAGAAAGGACUGUUAUUUCUGCAAAGUGCCUUGCACAUCUUUGGGCACAGGAAAAAAAAAAAAAAAAAAAAGAAAAAAGAAAAAAAAAAGUGAAAAUAAAGAACAGUAAGUUCCCUAUGGUAUACCUUUUAAAAUAACGUUACAAGUACAAACACAGAUGGGAGGUUUAUGCCUUUGUGUUAGUGUGGGGAUAUGAUGCAAAAAGUUGAAAGGG